GGAACGUUGUGGGAAAGUGUUGGGGGGAAUGGAAAUUUCUGGAACAAUAAAAUAAAAAACGACCUUCCCCUCCCACUUCUUUCUUCUCCCUUGUUUGUGCCCUAAUCUCGACAAUCAUCAUUCACAUCGCGCUGCGAAUUCCACACAUCAAAUCAAGCUGAUUGUCUAGCUCUACAUGAAAUCGCAAUGCGGGGCUAUGAUAGAGAUGAGCUCAAUGAUUACGAUGGAUAUGAGUCUGAACAACAGGAGGAAGGGGAUGAAUAUGAAGAAGAUGAAUAUGAAGAAGACGAAGGGGAAGAAUACGUAGAAGCGCCGCCUCGUCAGCCUACAAAGGAAGAAAUAGAAUACCUUGGGUUGAGGCAGAAGUUGAAAGAAAAUCAUAGAAAGCAGUUAAGGAAGGAGAAUAGUGCUUCCCUUAAAGAUUGUAGUGCUACAAAGAAGAAGCUUCCUAAUGAUAACUUUGGGUCCUUUUUUGGCCCUUCUCAACCAGUUAUUGCACCAAGAGUAAUCCAAGAGAGCAAGUCAUUGUUAGAAAACCAGCAUUUGCAGUCUAGGCUCUCUAACACGUCACACGUUAACAAAAAUGUGAAGAAAGUGUCUAAUGGAGUAAUGAAGCCUUCAUCUCAUAAACAGCCACCCAAAGUUAGUGAGACCAAGAUUAAAGCUCAGACAGUCAAGGACACUAGAGAUUAUUCAUUUCUUAUGUCUGAUGAUGCAGAGCUUCCAGCUCCAGCUAAAGAACUCCCAUCUCGGAAUACAUCCGUACACAAUUCAGAGGGACGCCCAGCUCAAGUUGCUAGGAUGAUCAAACAACCUUUGAUCAAUGGCGGCAAGCCUGCUCGUGGCAGUGGUGAGAACCGGAAACCUGCUGUGGGUGCUGGUCAUUCAGUUCCUAAAUCAGGGCCCAGUUGUAAAUUAAGUGAUACCAAUAAGUCCGGUAUGGCAUCAGUAGAUUCUAGAAAACAGCUUGGUAGCAACAGUGGGAUUGGACCAGGCCGGCCAGUGGUGUCAAAACAGUUGCCUUCAAAGAUGCCUGCAAGUACCAUGGGGAAUAAAUCAUCCACACUUGGUAUGAAAAGGUCUGUAAAUGGUGUGCAGAAACCACUCCCUUCGAAGUUGAAUUCAUCUGCUCCAAAACAGUUCGUGGAACAGAGAAGAGACGUACGUGUACAAAAUAAACCACUCCCUUCGAAGGUGCAUUCAUCUGCUCCAAAACAGAUCGUGGAUCAAAGAAAAGACUCACGAGACCAAAAUAAACCAAAAAUGGUACCUAAACAACCAGUGGCAUCAUCAAGAGCUCAGGUAAAUAAGCCACCACUUAAACAAAUUCCAAAGCGUUCAGAUUUGCCAGUUCACCGUCCAAAGAAUAAGGUUGGGAAGCGACAUCCUGAUGAGGAUGAGGAUGAGGAUGAUGGAAUGGAUUAUCGCAAUAUGAUCAGAUCAAUGUUUAAUUACAACCCCAAUAAGUUUGUUGGAGAUGAUGACGAUGAUAACAUGGAGGCAGGCUUUGAUGAAAUCAUGAGGGAGGAAAAGAGGAGUGCACUAAUUGCUAAAAAGGAGGAUGAGGAGCAGCUUAGGUUGAUAGAAGAGCAGGAGGAAAGAGAACGGAGACGACGGAUGGCCAAGUUUAAGAAGCGUAGGGUUGACGAUUAGUAAUAUCAAUGUUACUGUUUGGUUCAUUUUUGGAAAUCAAAAUUUCUUUGUACCAAGCUCUUUGAUUAUAAGAUUUUGAUUUGUCAAUUCAUUGAUGAUGAUAGAGAAUAUAAUUGUCCAUAUUCUAAUUUGGUAUCAGUCUGAAUUACCUUGAA